AUGGUGUACUACACCAUUUCAGGAAUCCGCUUGCCUUGCGUCCCGUCCGUCCAUCACAACUCCAGCUCUCACCGGAAUUCCUCAUCCGUCGCCGGGAACGCUUCCACCGCGCUGUCUUUCCCUUUGAAGAAGCACUCGCUCUCACGGAAGAUUGUUGCUGGAAGUUCUUCAUAUGAUUCUGAGGCCUCAACGACAGCCACUUCCAGAAAGGUUCUCGUUCCUGGUGGUGACUCAUCUUUCACAACAAAUGUUCUUGUUCCAGGAGCCAAGCCUCCUUCAUCGACAGAUCAACUAGAGACUUCAGACAUUGUUUCAGAGGAUCCCAAGGUCCUUCGUGAGGUACCAGAAAGCUCAAGCAUGGUAGGUGACACGAGUACUGAGGUCUUGGACGAACAGGAGAAAAUUGCGGUAUUGCCUGACACCAGAGAGAAAACUGACAAGAGAACCGUUCCUCCACCUGGUGCUGGGCAGAGAAUAUAUGACAUUGAUCCAAUUUUGUCUAGUUUCCGUCAGCAUCUUGAUUACAGAUAUUCACAGUACAAAAGAAUGCGUGCGGACAUUGACAAGUUUGAAGGUGGUUUAGAGAAAUUUUCACGUGGCUAUGAGAAGUUUGGGUUUAUACGCAGUGAAACAGGGAUAACAUAUAGAGAAUGGGCACCGGGAGCAACAAGGGCAGCAUUAAUAGGAGAUUUCAACAACUGGAAUCCCAAUGCAGAUGUCAUGGCUAGGGAUGAGUUUGGUGUCUGGGAGAUCUUUUUGCCCAACAAUGCAGAUGGUUCAUCGCCAAUUCCCCAUGGUUCAAGGGUGAAGAUACGAAUGGAUACUCCAUCUGGCUUGAAGGAUUCUAUUCCUGCUUGGAUUAAGUUUGCUGUACAAGCUCCUGGCGAAAUCCCAUACAACGGCAUCUACUAUGACCCACCAGAAGAGGAGAAGUAUGUAUUCAAGCAUCCACAACCAAAAAAACCAAAAUCACUGAGGAUUUACGAGUCACAUGUUGGGAUGAGCAGUACGGAACCAAAGAUCAACACAUAUGCUAACUUCAGAGAUGAAAUGCUGCCCCGCAUCAAGAAGCUUGGCUAUAAUGCUGUUCAAAUCAUGGCUAUUCAGGAGCACUCAUAUUAUGCCAGCUUCGGCUACCAUGUCACGAACUUUUUUGCGCCUAGCAGUCGUUUUGGGACACCAGAUGAUUUGAAGUCUCUGAUAGAUAAAGCUCACGAACUAGGUCUACUAGUUCUCAUGGAUAUUGUUCACAGCCAUGCAUCAAAUAACACGUUGGAUGGGCUGAAUAUGUUUGAUGGGACUGAUUCCCACUACUUCCACUCUGGAUCACGGGGACAUCAUUGGAUGUGGGACUCUCGCCUUUUCAACUAUGGAAGCUGGGAGGUUGUUAGAUACCUUCUGUCAAAUGCGCGUUGGUGGCUGGAUGAGUUUAAAUUUGAUGGGUUCAGAUUUGAUGGUGUUACUUCAAUGAUGUACACUCAUCAUGGAUUGCAGAUGACUUUUACAGGAAACUACAACGAGUACUUUGGAUUUGCAACGGAUGUAGAUGCUGUCGUCUAUCUGAUGCUUGUUAAUGAUAUGAUUCAUGGUCUUUUCCCUGAGGCCGUCUCCAUUGGUGAAGAUGUUAGUGGAAUGCCUACAUUUUGCGUUCCUAUCCAAGAUGGUGGAGUAGGAUUCGAUUACCGUCUUCACAUGGCCAUUGCUGAUAAAUGGAUCGAGCUUCUACAGAAGAGAGAUGAAGACUGGAGAAUGGGCGAUAUCAUUCACACCUUGACAAAUAGAAGGUGGUUGGAAAAAUGUAUCUCAUACGCAGAAAGUCAUGAUCAAGCACUUGUUGGCGACAAGACUAUUGCCUUCUGGUUGAUGGACAAGGAUAUGUAUGACUUCAUGGCUCUUGACCGGCCAGCCACUCCUCUCAUAGAUCGGGGCAUAGCAUUGCACAAAAUGAUCAGGCUUAUCACCAUGGCAUUGGGGGGUGAAGGAUAUUUGAAUUUCAUGGGAAAUGAAUUCGGACAUCCUGAGUGGAUUGAUUUCCCACGAGGUGAUCAACAUCUUCCCAAUGGCAAAGUUGUUCCAGGGAACAACAACAGUUUUGAUAAAUGCCGACGCAGAUUUGAUCUGGGGGAUGCAGAAUAUCUAAGAUACCAUGGGUUGCAAGAAUUUGAUAGGGCAAUGCAUCACCUUGAAGGAAACUAUGGCUUCAUGACUGACAUUCACCAGUACAUAUCGAGGAAAGACGAAGGUGAUAGGGUGAUCGUGUUUGAGAGAGGGAACCUUGUGUUCGUCUUCAACUUCCACUGGAACAACAGCUACUCCGACUACAGAAUUGGCUGCCACAAGUCUGGAAAGUACAAGAUUGUUUUGGACUCGGAUGAUGCACUCUUCGGAGGCUUCGACAGGCUUGAUCACAACGCCGAAUACUUUACCUUCGAAGGUUGGUACGAUGACAGACCUCGAUCCAUCAUGGUGUACACCCCAGCAAGAACAGCAGUAGUAUACGCUUUGGUGGAGGAUAAACCUGAAUCCGCUCCCUUGAAGAUCGAAACUGCCGCCACAUUGGCUGACGACAAUGAACGAGAACCAGAACCAGAAGAUGCACCCGAGGCAGCAGCAGAGGAUGCUGCUGCAUCAGAGCUCGUCCAGAGCUAA